ACUGACAUUGAAACAUUAUAUUAUAAAAUGCCAUUGCAAACAAAGGAUUAAAUGUGUUCCAUUACAAUCUAUCGCAUCACGAAUGGCAACCCAGGAAUGGGCCAUGACAUAUUCCAUAAUUAUUUUCCAUGCAUCUGAAAAAUACUUCGUACAUCACUAAUCUUUUACAAGUGGGUAUUUGGUCAACAUAUUAAAGUAGUGCAUUAGAGCAUCUCCAUUGGUGGUGGCAGAUUCAAAAUAUUGGUUGUCAGCCUGCAUAAACAUAAAGAACUCCAUAAAUUUACUACCAAGUUUAAAGUCAAUAAUAUCACCUCAUAUAAAUUUCACAACCAAGUAUAAAUGCCUUGAAGAAUAGAGAAAUUUCCGGACAAAUACUUCAUUCCCAUGCGUAAUGUACAUUUCUCUCAGUGUAAAGUUAAUUGAUCACGCAAGAGAUUUGCAUGUUAAUUGAUUAGGCAACAAGAAGAAUUCACAUCAUGAUAAUUUUAAUUCAUACAGUGAGCAAGUUAACUGAGAUAGCAUUCUUGAUGGGCUCUCACAAACAUUUGGGUUGCUGAAUCCAUUAGCCAACCCAAUCAAAUUACUGAAUGCCAAGCCAGUUCACUUGAUCACAAGGGAGCAAGUGUCUGUUUCCUAUACUUUUUUACCUUUUCAAAAUAAACAGGCUAAAGUAUCUGAAAUGGAUAUAGUUGUGGUUUAGUGAAAUAUUGUAAAAUCUAUUUUUAAAGAAAAUAAAGAAAAUAAACUCAAAAUUUUCUAAUUAAAUCAAAUUAAAAACAUUUCUCAUUACCAGAAUGUCAUAGAACAGUUUGGUCAGCCAAUGUUUAGUGAAAAAAGAGGCCUUGAUUAGCCAAACUAAAGCCUACCAAAUAGGAGCUCCAUUUUCAGUUGGUUUACCUCAACCUGUCUUUGCAAGGACUGAACAUAGCAUGAGAGCUUUUCGGUUACCUGCUUGUGAAUUUGUCUACCCUUCAUCAAAAUUAAAUAUACGGCAUGCUAGCAUGAGAGCUUUUCGCUUACAUGUUUCGUCCAGCAAGCAUGCUACAACUUUUUUCCCAAGUGGGAUCAAUCAAGAGCGUUUGGCACCACAUUGCAUCAGAGUCCAUCAUUGGUUGAGAUGCCCAAGGCAGAAAAAUUAGAUGGGCAUGUUAUAAGCCAGUAUCUUUAUCAUUCAUCAGUUGCUCAAGUAUUUGGUCUCCAACUAAGCCCUUCAUCUCAGUUUACACCAGUUCAAAAUCAUUGACUAUCAUCUACAAGUUCUUUGCAAAAAGUUUGUUCGUCAUCCCUAGGUUGUUUCUGUUGAAAUUGGUGAGAUUAUCUCAUCUCUUUUCAGAAAUAAUACUCAGGUAAGAUUAUCUCUAGCAAACAUAUGGUUUCUAAAAGUAGAAAAGAAAUGAAACUUUUCAGAUGUU